AUGGUCAACACGCUGGAAAUCCUUAAGAGAGUGAUUCCAGCGGACUCACUUCGCCUCGGUUCACUGGUUCUUGAUAUUGAAGAUCCGUUGGCACGGCGAUUCGAGGUAGCUGGAUGGACGCCCAAAGCCGUUCAAUCAGUGCUCCAGAACUAUUCACAGGCUUCAUCUCGUGGAGGCGGCACCGGUCUAGAUGUGUUUUUAACUGACCUCUUCAGUGCUGGGGGUAAAAUGGACAAGUCCUUGUCGGUCGAUUUGAGCUGCUCCGUCAUGACCUCGAAUCAACUUGACGACACCAGAACGUGCUUCGAGGCGUUGUUUGGCCGAGCAGAGGUCCGCAAGUGGGUACAGGACUGUGUGGAGGAAGAGGGCCCAUUCGGGUUCAAGCUUUAUCUCGUCGUCGGCAUCCACACCGUCAAGGACGUGACAAUCACUGUGUCGACAGGAAGUAGUUGGAACGCAAACACAUCCGUCACAGUCCCAGUGACAGCAAUUAUAGGAGACCCGCUGGCGGUGUUCGGCUCGCCUCUGGCGAGUCCCGGGAUAUCGAUAACAAGGGACGCCAAGAAGAGCGAUUCGCAAAGCUUCAACGUCGAUGACAUGAUCUACGCCGUGAGAUAUCGACGAAUCAAAAUGAGGUGGUUUCGGAGCAAGCAAGUGGAGAAGGAUUUCUUUCUGGAUAAGAAAACCCGGUGGCGAACCGUUGAGGGCACACGGGGUGGUAGGGGUGCUGAGGACGAGCCGCGGGUAGACAUCCUUGAUGUUGACCUCUGUGACGGGUUGGUGAACUCAGAGGACGACGAAGAGCAGGGGGACGGAGACAAAAUAAAGUUCAUCGAUGCAGAUGGCAACGAAUAUCAUCACCGGCUUCAGCAAGAGGGCGCGACGACGGGGACAAGUAGGGAUUGA